AUGGCAAGAGAGGAAUAUUCAGUGGAAACCCGCGCCCAGAUCGUGGCCUUGGUGAUGAUUGCAAAAAUGAAGCCUCAAGACGUCGCUAUAUUGCUCAAUAUACCCCGGGUGAGCGUUUACCAAAUCGUACAACGCGCCAAAGAGCAUGGAUAUGAUCCUACAGUCAAUCCUCGUAUUGAGCAUGAGCACGUCGCUAAUAAUACGCGUAGUGGCCGCCCAAAAGUGGUUACUGAAGCUAUUGAGGCCUCAAUUAUUGCAAGUAUUACUAAGGAUAGGGCUGGUCGUGAGAAGUCUGCUGAAUAUCUCGCUUAUGAAGCCGAUAAAAUGAAGCAGGCAAGGCUCGCAUUUGCUCUUGAGCAUCAACACUGGACUCUUGAAGACUUUAAGAAUAUUAUAUGGACGGAUGAGACCUCUGUUGUCCUAGGCCACCGGAGAGGCUCUAAUCGUGUAUGGCGCAGGUCUUUUGAAUGCUACAAUUCUACUGUUAUCCGCCGUCGCUUCAAGAAAGCGUGUGAAUUCAUGUUUUGGGGUUGCUUUUCAUAUGAUGCUAAAGGUCCCUAUCAUAUAUAUCAAAAAGAGAAUGCGGCAGCUAAGAAAAAAGCUGAGAAAGAGUUGCAAAUUAUAAAUCGACACCGUGAGCAAGCAGCUCGAGAAGAAUGGGAGUUAAAUAAUACUUUUUCAAGGCUUCAAUUACGUCCUCGUCGCGGUAGAAAGCCAAAGUUCAAGUUCACUACGAAGAAUGGAAAGCUCGUACGAAAAGGCACAGAUGGCAUUGAUUGGUAUCGUUAUCAAAAGGAAAUUCUUGUGCCAAAGCUGCUUCCUUUUGCACAGGAAUGUAAGCGUUCCAGGCCAGGCACAAUUGUAAUGGAGGAUAACGCACCUGCGCAUGCUCAUUUUCACCAAAAAGAGAUAUAUUCGUUCCAUGACGUGCAGCGCCUACUUUGGCCUGGUAAUUCCCCUGAUUUGAAUGCUGUUGAGCCGACGUGGUUUUGGCUCAAGAAACGUACAACUCUCCAAGGAGCCCCUGGUGACAGGAAGACAGCAGUUGAAGCAUGGCAAAAAGCAUGGGAAAGGCUACCCCAGCAUCGUAUCCAUGCUUGGAUUGGGAGGAUCCCAUUUCAUAUACAAGAAAUCAUCCGUCUAGAGGGUGGAAAUGAGUAUCCGGAGGGGCGGCCCCAGGGUGACGUACGCUCACGUUGCCGGCGUAAAGGCGUGCUCUCGUUCCGGGCAUAUCUAGAGGAUGAGUGGGAGGACUUGGAAUAG